AGAAUUGUUUUUUCCCCUUUUUUAAGAUUGACAAUCUGUAUUUCUAUUACUGUAUACGAAUAUGCGUAUUGGAUGUGGUAUCUGAAAAUAGUAUAAUAGAAAGCAUCGUCAAACAUAUAAACGUAUUUGACGCGACUCGUAUUGAUCGGCGUGCGGUAACUAUGACACUGGCAAAAAGCCGCGCGUUAAUGGUAAAACGAAGUUUGUCAUUUCUGAUUGGCUGCACGCGUUGCUUGAUUAUGCAGUAGGUGAUAAAUAUGGAUAAGCAUACGUAUCCAGAGAUGACGCGGUCUGUCUGAACAUCUUGGCAAUUCUCUUUCUAAAGCGCUGACACACUGUAACCCUUGCGGGUCCAUCUUUGUAUGUUAUACACACCUGAUGGGAAACGUCAUGUGGUAAAUUUAUCUGAUGUGUUCAAAUGAUUUACGUGCAAAUUGACUCUGACGUUGACGUUCUCUCUCUGAGCUCUGGAUUGGUUCACGUAUCAAUGGCUAAGUCGAAGUCAACGGAACCGGAAGAGGGAGCUAUGGGAUUCAAGGACAAGCAAAAAGCCUUGGAUACCUUGAAGAUGCUGGACGGUCGUGAUAUCAGCUACCAGUAUCACGUCAUCAUGAGUUUCGUGAGUCGUGCCAGGAGAACCCUUCAGAUUACCAAGGACGAGGAGAAGCUGGCGAACCUUCGAGAGGCGCAGAAAGUUUUCGAGGACUGGUUGAACGACUACAAGGAGAAUAAUCGAGGCAAGGAUAACUUGGCUUAUCUGCCGCUUGAAACCGUCAGAGGGUUCAGAUCUUUGGCGAAGAAGUAUGAGGUCCUUGAUGAUAGUUUUUAUCUUGCUUAUAAGAAAGAAAAGGGUGACUACAAAGGACUGCGUGCUGUCAGGUCUCAGGACGAUGAGGUCACCUGGGACAUAGUGAGGAAUCGGAAGCUCAAGGACAUCAUAGCUAAAAUUAAGAAAGAGCAUAUACAGUGGUAUGAGACUGAUGUCGGAGACUUUCGUGGCUUUCCAACUAAAGAACAUACCCAGUGCAUCCUCUUGGGAUACAGUCCCGAUCCGACGAAGAUCAAAAAACUCAUCUCGCAGGUCGAGGAGAAGUUUGGGAGCUUGAGUGAUUCCGAGGAUAUGGAAGUUGAGGAUGAGAAGCAUAGAGGUACCAAGAGGAGUCAUGACAGUUCCUCCAGCAGUGACAGUGAAGACGACGAGCCCAAGAAGAAGAGUCAGAAGAAGGAGCAGGAAGCUGUGAAACAGGAAAAGGAAGAAAGUGGUCUUAGUUUCAAGGACAAGCAAAAAGCUCUGGAUAGCAUAAAAUCCUUGGAUGGGAGGGACGUUUCGUAUCAGUUCCACGCGAUUACAGGACUGCUGAAGAGGGCUGAUAGAGUGAUAUCUUGUACAAAGGACGAGGAGAAGAUUAAAAAUAUGAGGGAGGCUGUGGAGGUCUUCGAGAACUGGGUCACUGAUUACAAUGUCAACAACAGAUCCAAAGAAAACUUUGCCUACCUGUCUGCUGACCUAGUUAGAGCUUACAAGCCACUGGCUGAUAAAUAUGGAAUUGAGGACAAUGGAUUUCUGGAGGCCUAUGAGAAGGAAGAUGGCGACUAUAAAAGGCUCAGGUCGGUAAAGGUUCCUGAUUCCCAGAUGACGUGGGAUAUCGAGAGAAAUAAAAAUCUACGCAGUCUCGUCGACAGGAUAAAAGACAAACAUAUUCCGUGGUUCGAAACCGAUUCUGAACUGCGUGGACUGCCGACGGAGGAACACACUAGGUGUAUCAUGUGGGGUUUCAGUCACGAGCCGACGAAGCUUAAGAAACUCGUGCCAACUCUCAAAGAGAAAAUCAACCCGUCCGAAUGAACAGAAUUGUUUUCCUUAUAAUUUUUAAUUACAAAUGCAUUUUGUCGCCGUAAAGAAAAUAAGAUAGGCUUUAUUUUGUUAUUGAUUUCUUAGUAAAAACAUACGUAAGUUGAGUUACCAUACCAUAUCAUUGUAUUUUUGGUACCACGAGUCAGUUGUGAAAUACAUAACGGACAAAUUGUC